AUGGCCGCCAAUACUAGUACAUUUAACAUUGUCAUCGUCGGUGGCGGGAUUGCAGGCCUCUCCUCGCCGAAUGCUUCGAAAAUCGUUGAGAAGGAAUGGGGCCUCGAAGACUCACUUGCCAAGAAGGGCUCCAUGGCCGACAAGGCGUUCUGCAUUUAUGACACCGACGGCAAACUUCACGCCGAGAUCCCAUUUCAUCUCAAGAAGAAUUAUGGAGCCGUAGGCGAAGAGCGGUAUCAAGUCAAGAUGCAGAAACUGACUGCCAAGGGUUGA